CUUCCGGCUUCUCUGCCGUCUGGAGGAUGAGUGACGCCGGGGAGCGGCCACGUGACUGCCCGGGGCUGGGGCCCGAGUUCGGCCCCUCGGCCCUGGGGACCAAAGAGCAUUGGGAUGCUGCAUAUGAAAGUGAAUUACAGAUUUUUCAGGAGAGUGGAGAUGCUGGGGAAAUUUGGUUUGGAGAAGAAAGCAUGAUUCGUUUAAUCAGAUGGAUGGAAAAACAAAAGAUCCCUCUGGACAGCUCUGUGCUUGACAUUGGAACCGGAAAUGGUGUUUUACUUGUUGAAUUGGCAAAAUGUGGUUACACUAAUCUCACUGGAAUUGAUUACUCUCCUUCUGCAAUACAACUUUCUCAAAACAUAAUAGAGAAAGAAGGGCUGUCUAAUAUUAAAUUGCAGGUAAAAGACUUCUUGAUUCCAGCAGCUGAGCUAUCAGGAUUUCAGAUUUGUAUUGACAAGGGAACCUUUGAUGCCAUAAGCCUUAAUCCUGACAAUGCAGCUGAGAAGAGGAAGCAGUAUGUGAAAUCCCUCUGCACGGUAUUGAAAAUGGAAGGCUUUUUCCUCAUAACCUCUUGUAAUUGGACCAAAGAGGAGCUGCUAAAUGAGUUCAGGGAAGGAUUUGAAAUUCUGGAGGAGUUGCCAACACCCAAGUUCUGCUUUGGAGGGAGAGUUGGAAACAGUGUAACAGCCUUGGUUUUCCAAAGAAAAAAAUAAGGCCAUCCAUCUUGGACAAAUUAGAUUAGCUGAGAAAAGAAAAGUCUUCACUUCAAAGUAAAUCUGAUGCAAAGGAGAGAGAGAGAGAGAGGGAGGAAAAAAACGCAGGAUCUGUGUAAAUAACUGCUCACUGAGUGCACAAUAAGACACAGUGCAUGUGCUGAACUGCAAUGGGCCUCCAUAAAAUUUCAGGGCAAGUUAUAUACAGCUGAAAUGUUUCUAGGGUAAAUUCUGCCUUUGUGCUGUUUCUCUUUGUUAUAGCUUCAUUUAUUUCAAUAAAAUUGUGUGGGUGUAAGUGCAGGAAAAUGUGGCACUCUGAUUUUUCAGAGACCAGCUAAAACUAUUCACAUUACUUUUGCAUUUGAAGUGUAAAUAUUUUUUUCCUAUUUAAUUUUUAUUUUGGUUUCUAGUGAACAGUUUAAAAUAAAUGUAAGCAGUAAUUGAAUCAUACAAAGCAAGAAGUCUUAUUUCUGUGUUGUUUGGCGUAAUAACGAAUGUACUUUUAAGAUCUAAACACUGGGCAAUGUUUUAUUUUAUUUUUAUAAAGGAAACAUGCAUGUUACAGUGUAAUCCAAAAUCAACAUUUAGUUAAAUAAGGUGGAAAAUGAGUGUAAAGAUUGUAGCACUCACAAGACAUUAUAAUGUAGUGCCUUAGGGUAGGAUUUUCAUAAGUGCUCAGAAUUCACCUACUUCUACUUCCACCAAAGUCCAUUGACUUCAGCGGGAGGAGAGUUAGGCUCACACUGAGUGCUUUUAAAAAUCCCUCCCUGAAUCUCUAGUAUAUGCUCGCUAAUACUGAUCAGUACCGUCGAUCCAAUUAAAUACUUGAAGAUGCUGUUUGGUGUUAUUACAGACUCUCAGUAGCAUAUAUGCUUACCUAUUUCAAUAUUAAUUAAUUGUAUGCUAAUAUUUUAGGAAGGGCCAGUAAUGAACAUCAUCUUCUCCAGUGAAUUUUAUAUGACAUUUUAGUGGCAUAAUACCCAAACAGAGACCACAAAACCCCACAUCCCCAGCCUAAUAACCCAUGACUGAUUAUAUUUAUUAUUAUUUUUAACCCAUGUUCAUUUCUUUGUUUAUUAUUUUAUAGUUGUGGAAUAAUGACAUAGCUGCCUGGAGAGACAGGAAAGAAAUAUUUCUCCUCCUUUUAUGACUUGUCCCACGCACAUUUUCAAAUGGCAGUAAACAUGACAUUUCAAGCAUCCAACAAUUCCCAUUAGGCAAUUUGUUCUCAUAGAAGAAGAAUGUCGUGUUUACUCAUCAGGGAAAUGCUUUCCUAGUUCUCAGUCUGAACAGGUUGGUUGGGUGCACGGAAUCCUAGAGGGGAAGGGAAUCCUCCCUUCCCCUCUGUUGGUCUAGUGCUUCCCCUCUGCAAGAAAUAAGGACCAGAAGAGCUGUACAGCAAGAGAUCCUCCCUCCUUAACCAGCCCCCUAGUGUGGGAUUCCUAAAUUCUGCACCUCCUUGCACAGUGGAACUGUGCUAAUUCCACUGAAAAAUGACCCAACAGAAGUAGAGAUCAGGUUUUGGUCCCAAACAAAUAGAUUUCUUUGUAUGCUUAAGC